UCGUUUCCAGUUAUGAACGAUCAGAGCAAACAUUUCCUGAACUGAAUAACUAUUGAAAAAUUUAAGUUGUCAAAUUAUUCGUUUAUCAUGGAGUUCCAGGAAUACUUGCACAAGCAAUUGGCCAUUUUCAAUUACCAUUUGCACUCGGACUACGGAUUGUUAAUCAAGACAGCGACUUGCAUUGCAUUUGGCGCCGUCUGUGGCUGGAUUAUGGGCCUCAUCACAUUGUUGCUAUACAAAAUAGCGAAAUGGCAGCAGAUUUUUCCAACCACUGUCUACAAUUAUCAGGAUGAUGAUAUCGACUUGGAUGUGGAUACUGAUAGAACUGGAAAUUCAAAAACGAAAAUAUCAAGAAGAAAUCAACAUGUUCCAGAGAUAUAGAAAUAAAUUCACAAGCUCAUACGAUGCUUAAGACAUACA